GUUAGCAGCACUUGGCACAUCCCUGGGGGGGGGGUGCUCACCAGCCUCCUCCUGGGAGAGAAGUUUAUGUUCUAAAAAGAGCAUCCCAGCAAUUCUCCUGUGCACACCUGAUUCCCCCCACUGCGCCACUUGUUGCCUCUUUCACAUCACGGAGGGUGACUGUUCCUUAGCACCAGCUCAUUAUGCUCAAACUGCACUUAUUAAUAGAAGGCACAGCAGGCUGGAGCCCCCUGCUGCACUACAAGUCCCAGCAUUUGCGCUGGCAGGGUUGGCUGCGACUUGUAGUCCUCCAGCAGUACAGGAAGACCUGUCAGAUGGCUUGAGGCGUAAAGCUGGGUCUCCCACAGCUGCAGCAGCCAGGGAGGGUGUGGUGUAGGAAGGGUGUGUGUGUGUGCUGCUGCCGCUGCUCUGCCUGUUCUGCAGGCCCAGAUCUGAGCCCUCCCUCUCUUACCAGCAGCAGCAGCAGGCUGGGACUCGGAUGUCUGGUGUUUGCGGAGUGAAGUUGAGUCACACAGGGGUGUGGUUACCCAGAUCUCCCUCUCUCUCUCCUUCCUUUCUCCUCUCCCUCUCUCUCUGUCAGGCUCUGGAGUGGCAGGAUUCCUCUUCACAACACCAGGUUGUGAGUAGCUGGGAAGAUGGAGGCCGUACUCUCACAGUGGGUGCAGCGAUACCAUGAUUUUAUGAAAGGAGCAGAUCCAAGAAUAGGUCAUUAUCCCCUCAUGCACGCUCCUUUCCUGCCCGUGUCCAUCCUCCUGGGUUAUGUCGUCUUUGUACUAUACGUGGGUCCUCGAAUCAUGGCCAGUCGGAAGGCCUUUGACCUCAAGCCAUUGAUGGUGGUAUACAAUUUCGGACUAGUGGCCCUUUCCGCGUACAUAGUUUAUGAGUUCCUCAUGUCGGGCUGGUUGACUGGUUACACUUGGAGAUGUGACCCAGUGGAUGUCUCUGAUUCACCAAUGGCCUUACGGAUGGUGCAAGUGGCUUGGCUCUUCUUAUUCUCUAAAUUUAUUGAACUGCUCGAUACAGUUUUCUUUGUGUUGAGGAAAAAGAACGGUCAGAUCACAUUUUUGCACAUCUUCCAUCACUCUGUUCUUCCCUUCAGCUGGUGGUGGGGAGUCAAAUUUGGCCCAGGUGGUAUGGGCUCUUUCCAUGCCAUGAUUAAUUCUCUGGUCCACGUCAUUAUGUAUUUCUACUACGGACUGUCCGCUGCCGGGCCGCAAUUCCAGAAGUAUCUGUGGUGGAAGAAGCACAUGACGGCCAUCCAGCUGAUCCAGUUCGUGUUGGUCUCCAUCCACAUUACUCAGUAUUACUUCAUGCCCAGUUGUGGCUAUCAGUUUCCCAUUUUCAUCCACCUCAUUUGGAUCUACGGCACAGUCUUCUUCAUCCUGUUUUCCAAUUUCUGGUACCAGGCAUACACCAAAGGAAGACGCCUCCCUAAGGCCAGCGCCGUAUCCAACGGAGCAGUGCAUCAGAACGGCAAGGCCAAGAACGGCAAAGCAAAGGCAAACUAGGCCCGCACAAGACCAGGCGCAUGUGAUGUCCCAAAAUUUCCGCACAAAGUGUAGCGUGCGCAAAUGUGGGAAGAUGUCACUUUUUUUUUUUUUUUUUUCCUAAGCCGGGAAACCCAGCUGUUUAAUGGCCAGUAAAAACUGCCAAACUGGUUUCCGACUAAAUCUGGGGCUUACACCAGCCAAAAUUCAAGUGCCUAAAAAGACUUUCUAUGAAGCGAGUGUGUCUGAAUCCUAUGUCCCUCCUGCUGCUCUUGCACACACCCCCCCCCACCCCCCCCACCCAGCAUCUAGCCGCUCCAGAGUGUGUGAAGAGGCCGACUCACUCCAACCAUUCUCCGUGUUUUCUUUACUGUACUGGUACCGCAACAGUCGCCAAGAAUCCGGAUUCCAUUGCAUCACAUUCCAGUAGAUCUCCUUUUCACCUGGAGAACAGGCUGGGAGCUUACUCCUCCCAACUCCAGCCCCCACCCAGUCUGGCUGUUCAUUUUUUUUUUACACUGGGAUUUUGCUGGACACAGUCAAUGAGAUCUGUGCCCGGGUUGUAAAAGGUGCAGGAAUUCUGAAAUACUUGAAUACUGGGACGUGUAUAUUUUUUUUUUUUUUUUUUCCCUGUUUGUUUUUUGUCUUUACCUCUAGGUCAUUUUUGUGUGAAGGAGACAGCAGUAUUUGUGUGUUCGAUUGUUUAAGGCUGACUUUAAUUUGCCUUUGUAGGAGGGGGCUAUUGUCGACUCUUUCGCUCACAUAUUUCAAAACUUAUUUGUUCCUUACACUUCAUUCACCCCCAUGUCCCGUCCAUACCAUGCUCACCUAUUUUUUUUUUUUUCCAUGUGCCACUGAUUAUAUACCACUGUAAAAAUGUGUACCUGCUGCUUCAGGGGACUCCUAACAAAGAUCUCUUUAGCAGCGGAGGCAAUCACUUCAUAUGUGGAAAAUACAUCCAGCAUUGGGAGCUCUAGUCAUGAGCAUAUAUUGUUGGUGGCCAGGACGGCAAAAGCUGUUGCUGAGUUGGGGUCUCCUCAUAACUUAUCCGCACGUCUGCCAGAAUAUUUAUCAGUUUUGUGUAAUACUAUUAAUAAAAGACUUAAUGCACAUUGGUAAUUCCAAAGCAAGCUGUUGUAGAGAAUACUGUACGUUAGACUUAUUAGUAGAGGCAGUGUGCGGUAUGGGGAGUGCACUCUGUGCGGUAUGGGGAGUGCACUCUGUGCGGUAUGGGGAGUGCACUCUGUGCGGUAUGGGGAGUGCACUCUGUGUGGUAUGGGGAGUGCAUUGUACAGUAUGGGGAGUGCACUCUGUGUGGUAUGGGGAGUGCAUUGUACAGUAUGGGGAGUGCACUGGGCCCUUUGGUUACUCUCUCUGCCCUACAUAUUAUCAGUACGGUUUACAUAAGACAGUGAAAAACGUUUGCUGUUCAUGCAUAACUGUUGAAUAGCUGUCAGUCAACUUAAAUAGCUAUUAUUACCACAGUAAAUUUAUACCUGUUCACUAAAACCUGUGUGUGGCGGUAGCUGUUAUUUUUUGGGCCAAAUCAAUCUUUCUCGAUUCACUAGGAACCUCACUGAAGUACCUGACGCCUCAAGUGAUUUUAUUAGUGAAUUGUUACCCCAUCAAAAUGGCACCCCACGCACUGUGUAGGUGACUAGUAGAAUUCAAUUUAAAGUGGAAAGCUUUUUUAUAUUUGUAAAAGUGCUUUAUUUGUAGUCUGUAACUUGGAGACUUCCUAUUGCCUGUGAAUAUUUCACAGCUUCUUGCACUGACUAACUUAUGGGUCAGGGAACUCGUGCCUGGCCCUACACCACUCUUUGUGAGGGGUAGUGAAUUAAAGUUAUUUCCUCGGAGAUGAGUGGCAGUUUUGUAUUACAGUACAAACUCCCUUUCAUACAGUUGCUCUGACUUUUAAAGGUUCAUGCAGCUUCCAUCUGGAGGAAGCAGAGUAACAACUUUGCUUUACGGCAAAUUAUCUUAAGUUACUGUCUCCUGACAACUGUAAAUGUGUUUAGCACGUUAUCUGUUCUGUCUUCAUUUCUUGUUCCGCUUUUCAUGACGUGUAUAUUGUGUAUCCAGCUCAAUACAGCUAACCCGCCAUGGCGCAUGAGCGUUUGAUUCUCAAGGAAAGACUAGAUUAAUGGAUCACCUCUGUCCAGUAGAGGCAGCCAUUUUGUGGAAAGUAGUCAUUCAUCUUCUAGGAAUCGGUGACCAACACUGUUCCGUCAUACCUCAGUGAUGUCAUCAGUUCCAAAAUGGCUUCCUGCAUUGUAUUUAGACAAUAAGCAUGCAUUAUUGCCCUCAUGGAAGGCUGAGGUAACUGACUUGGCAUAGUUCCUUUGAUCUGUAUGUCUGUGCUAAUGAACAGGGAGAAUGGGGGGUCUCUAAUUGAAAAGGAUAGUUAGCUGUCCUCAUGAGGUGACCAUUUUAUGGCCUUAACCAAUACGCUGAUUUUUAAUUUACUAGGAAUAUCUAUGUGGCAUUUAUAACAUAGAAGCGGCAUUCUCCGGUAUUGCUUCCUCUAUGAUGUAGGUGACUAUAAGGGUAUAGUCCAUAUAUAAUACAUUUAAAGUUUGGUUAAUAACUGAAGUAUGUUGUCUACAUGCAGGCAGAGGGGUCCACUCUAAAACUAAUCGGAUGACUGUUACCCACUUUAUCUAUAGUCAGGAAAUCUGUUAGUCUAGGAACAGAAUUAUAAAUAAAAUACACUUCAGAGAGCUAAAUAUAUAACUCUUCUUCCGUAUUCCUAAAUCAGCAAUAUCUGGACCAUCUGUGGGUCUGUCUGUGAAUAUGUAUGUAUGUUCCCUUGUGUUAAUUUAUAUUAAUUUUUAGUUCUAGUAGAGGGUAUGAAAGGCAUGAACUGCCUCUGGCGGGGUAGUGACUGUCGAGCUCUACAGUUUAUGCUUUAUGUCAACCUGUGGCUAUACAGCAUGUCCUUUCUAGUUCCAGAUGGAGAGACGGGUUGUCUAAGCUUGGUUUAUCUGACUGCAAUAACUGUGUCCUCCCCAACUUCAUGACAUUCCCUUACAGCUUUAUAUGGAGAAGUAAUUCUCAUACUUGUGCCUUAAAUGCUUCACUGUCUUUUAUUCCAUUCCUAAAAUGUAUCCCGAAUCACCUUGUAUGUCUUAUUAAAACAUCUGCCACUCGUA